GUGGGCUGGUAAAAAUAAAGUUGGCAACACUGCUCUUUGGAUUAUAGAAUAAAAAAGUACUAAUAACGAGACUGCAAUGCAAUGUAGUGUUUUCUUAAUUUUUUUAUGAAAAUACUAUUUUACUUCCAUUUUUUGUUCAUGAUAAAUAUCCCAAAUAAGUGUUUGGGUUAUGGAGUCGCCGCCUUUUUCAACACAUUCUGAGGCACCUCCUUUAAGCGAAGAUAGUGGUCUUAUAAUUACAAGUGGAUCGUUUUCCAGUGAUUCUGCCAGUGGAUGGCAUCACGUCGCAUCCGAGUUACAAGAAAGCGACUUCGAUGACAAAUCAUUGUCUCUUUGUGAAUCAACUGAAAGAUCAGAACGCAUGUGUGGGGAUUUUUUUAAUACUGUGAAGAAAGGGCCUGGAAAAGUAAUACUUACGACUAUUGAACCACCGCCAGAGUUUCAGGAUAGUCCCGCACCGGAUGACAUAGAGAAAUGUCCAACUGUACACGUGCCUCCAACUGUCAUUUUUACCCAUGAUACUACAGACAAAGGCAAGACAUCAAACUUAGAUGUAGCCAUUAAUAUUAGACAUAUUUCACCUAUAUAUCCAAGAAAAUUGAAGCCAGAGACACUAUACGAAAGGCGUCAAUGUUUGAAUCAUAGGUUCGCGAGUCCAAGACUUCUGCACUUGAGUCCAUGCCGCGUUAAUCGGCCUUCUUCAAGGAAUUCACUGUCAUCAAGAUUGUCCAGCAGUCACAACUCACUUGUGACUCAAUUUCAAGCUGACGAUUCCAGUUUCAUCACUCAAGCAAUUUCACAUGAUACUCUAACUGCAAAAACAUCCGACAUUACUGAUAUGUACAAUGUUCCGUUCGAUAGCGAUAUUUACGCAGUACCUAUUGACAUGGUGCGGCCUUGUCAGAGCAACAUAAGAAGUAAAGGGAAGAAACCACCUCGAAAUAACAAAAAACGUGGAAAAAAUACAAAUCAGAAUACGACCAGUAAUAACGCCGUCAUUGACAAAAGUUUUAAAUCAAAGGAUAACAGAAAUAAAGAGGUUAAAACUAAAAGACACAGCUUGCCAAGUUCAUCUUGUAAAAAGAAUACUGGGGAUUCGGACACAGACUCACUACAUUUAACUUUACGCGAAAUGAGGAAAUACCUGCAUACUCUUUAUUCCAGCUCCAGUGAUUCAGAAUGUAGAGCUACUAUUAACAGGAAAAAUAAUCCUAUAGUGAACAGUGUUGGCAUACACGCGAAACAUUUAGGCAAAGAAACAAGUUCUGCAGUGUUUUUAAAAGAAAGUAACGAUAUUUCUAGAACAGUUGAAACAAACAAUAACCAUAGAAAAGCUAAUAAAAAUUCGUUUGGAAUGAACGUCAAAAAUAAGAAACAUAAAGAAAAUAUUCCUAAAGAAGUGAUUGAAUUAGAUAAGAGUGAAAAAGCUGUUAAAAAGAGUAUUUCAGGUCAAAACCAGAAGGUUAAAAUGUCGCCAGUGAGAAUAUUAUCGAUCAAUUUGAAACAGAGCUUUUGUAAUUUAUUUCGUUGGCGACGACAACCUGUGGCUGAGAACGCUAGUGAUGCUGAGAAGGUGGGUGACAGCAAGGAAGACUCACCGCCUGCGGCAGUGCGCCGCGCAUUGCCGCCGCUGCCGCAGACACCGCACGUGCACGCCGGGCCUCGCCGACCUAACAAUGAAGAGGAUACUGUCAUGGAUUUCGCCACUUCUAUACAAAAAGUGAAAGAUUACGGUUGGUAUUGGGGCCCGAUAUCGGUGGAAGCAGCUGAGAAAAUUCUCUCAAACGAACCUGAUGGCUCGUUUAUAGUCCGGGACAGCAGUGAUGACCAUUAUAUUUUCACUCUGACGUUUAAGUUGAAUGGUCUUAGGCAUGUAAGGAUUGAACAUGAUCAGGGUAAUUUCUGUUUUGGUGGCUGCACUAUGUUUAAAGCUCAAACCAUAGUAGAAUUCAUAGAGAAUGCAGUAGAGACGUCCCGAAGCGGCCGAUAUUUGUUCUUCUUGAACCUGAGGCCUGUGCUUGGUCCAGUACGAGUUCAACUGCUAUACCCGGUUUCAAGGUUUAAACGUGUGCAGAGUCUUCAGCAUAUGUGCAGAUUUGUGAUAUUAAAGUACGUGCGUCGAGACCUCAUAAGUAACCUACCUCUACCUAGGCGUCUCGUAGACUACCUGAGUGCAACUCACUACUACUCGGAGCUUCUCGCCGAUAUGUAAGCCCCGCCUACGAAGUAGGUCAACAUCACUUUUACAUAACCCCGUGAUGAAACAAUAUUAUGCCUAUGUAUAGCUUUGACUGUUUAGGUAUGACAUACGAGUACCUAAAGAUUUUUACAAUUCGUUGGUUAAUGAAUUUAUCUUUAUUCGUCUUUAUUUAUUAUUAUAAGCGACUGAACGUAAAAACACAUGAAGUCGUUAGAGAUUUUGACAUACUUGUCUGUAGAAUCUAGCACAUCUUCACAUAAAAAAUAAACAAAAUAGUUUAAAUGUUAGGACUGUGUUAAACGAUUUGUUGUUUGUUUUAGAAAAAUGAAAUUAACUUCCGUGUAAUAUUAUAAUUCAGUAGUUUAUGAAAACAGCAGCCUGCCUUCAAGUAUAUGUUUCUUACUCAAACUUUUGAUUUGGAAAACUUUCGAAAAGUUCCUAUGGCGAUAAUAAUCUGAAGAGAAUAGCGAUCGACUCUGAUUAGGCACAGAACAUCCUCAACUAGUUCCCAAUGAAUACUUUAAUUCUUACAAAAGCUGUAGUUAAACUUCCUUGUAUUCAUGUAUUCAUGAAGUCAGGAGGGUCAUGAAUGCUCAACGUGUCAGAUGACGACAGAAGUACCGGCAAUUAUGAAACAUAAUAUGAUAGAGAAUAACAAAACAAAGACACCUAAGCAACGAUUAGAAAUAUCGAUACAAAAUGUUAAUCGUGAGUGAGACAAAUUCGCGAAGAUGACGGAGACUUUGAUUAUAUUAAAAAAACGUACAAAUAUUAUUAAAUAUAAACAAUUCUAAAUAUUUUAAAUACAUGUUCUAUUAUACUGUUGUAUUGCUUUGCCGUCGUAAUCGACUUAACUGUUUACGCUUAAGUUGGAAUAACAAGUAUGGUUUAGGCGACAAGCAUCAUAAAACACCCGAAUUUUUUUGGGUCGCUAUUAUGUGUCGCUGUGUUUAUUAAAGUGUGUAAUUAAUAUUCUAAAUAAUCGUAACCUAGUGGGUAUUUCUAUUUGUGAAACUAAUGCAAAUAUCAGUCCGAUAUCUAACUUAGUUUUACGGUCUUGGCAUUAUAAUUAUUAAAAGAGCCCGCUUGUAAGUAUCUUAAUUUCUGAACGAGGUUACAUUGGUCUAAAUUCAAUAGAUAUUUAUUGUCCCUUGGCUAGAUAAUUCAGAUUUUUAGUAAUCAAUUUUAAACACAGCACCAGUAACUUUCUCUGUGAUACGUAAUUAAUACGUUUAACUAUCAGUAUUGGUAGAGACGUAGAAUAUACGUUUGAGAUCUGCUCAUAAACUAACACUUAUUGAUUGUUAUUUUAUUCUGAAGUGACCUUUGCGCUACAGCAGUUAUUAUUAUUGAAAAUAUACAUAGACGAGAUAAACAAAACAUUCUAAAAUUCAAAUCUGUAUUUUUGGGUACAAGUGGGCUGUAACAUACUUAUAAAAUUAGCAUUAAUUGGUAUAGCGUACAUUUUACAACUCGUAUAAGGAACAAGGUUGUUUAGAAAGAGUAUUUAAAACUACCUGCGAGGAGAUAAUUUCUCUGAUUGAGGUUGAUUGAGAAUCCGGCCACCGUGCAGCAGGGUUGUGACAUAGACUAUGUCCAGCUGAGGUAUGUGUAGGAAUUGUACCAACUAGUUUGUCACGUAGGUAUAUUGUAGUUAUGCAUUGUAGACCCUGCUUCAAUGUUGUGGCCUGUACUCCAAGCCCCUAAUUCCAAGGGCAAUACGGCUAUGAACAUUUAUGUAGUGUGAUUGGCAAAACAAAUCUUUAACUACUGUCGCCGUAAUAACGUAUCUCUCUUCAAGGAAUCUGUAGAAUUAUCUCUUUUUAUGAAAGGAAAUUUAUAAGUGCCUCUGCAUUUUACACCAAUUAAUAUAAUAGCUGUAAACCGUAAAAAAUAACUCUUAUUUUUGUAAAGAACAGAAUUUUCACGAUUGCUAAUUAGGUAGAAAUGGAUUAUCGCUUAAACACUGUUGCUCAUUGACAUUCAGACUAACUACAGUUUCAUAUCUGUGUUUCACGGUGAGGUCACGAAGUUACUGAAUUCAAUUUCCUCCUUCUGUGUGUCAAGUGUAGCAUCAGAACACAAUUACUGUAGGUUUUAUAGACAGUGCCACAAUGACGGCGGUGUUAGCCUGUAACUAUUUGUUACAACUUGAAGUCAUUAUAAAAAGCUAUGGCUACUUGAUUAUCAAAGUUAUCUCUUACAUGAAGUCGGUUGAAUGAACUUAAAUACUUAUUUACUACACCGAUUAUAUUUGAUAUUAACAAAUUUAUUUAUGGCAUCAGUAAUGUGUUUUAAGGCUUUUGCUAUCUGUAAAUUUUGCAAUGAUGAAAGGCAAAAUAGUAUGUGAAGUUUAUGAAGUCUUAAUGUAAUUAAUUUCAAAGUAUUUCGUGUUUUGUUUUGUUCAGUGUCUUUAUAUUUUGUUAUAAUAUGAAUUCGAAAGGUUUUUACUUAUGAGUAAAAGUCGUAGUUCAGGUUUUGGCUGACUCAAAACAUACUUUAACACUAAAAGUUAAAGCGUGACUAAUUGCAGCCAAAAUGUUUAUUUCAAUGUAUUAAUUAAACAAUGAAUUAUUUAAUUUAUACUUAGUAAGUAGCAUUAUGUACAUAAUUUCAUUUUAGAAGCUAAGUUCAAGUUUUUUUUAUAUAUUAUGGAUUAGAUCUGUAUAAAAUUGAUUAUAAGCAAUUUGUUUAUUUUUUUGUAUUAAUAUUGUUUAAUUAUUUAUAUGUUUUACUUAUUUUUAAUGUAAUGUUUAAUUGUUAAUUUUAUGUCAUGUCACCAAAGAAGUUAAGUAUUGUAUGUUAAAGGAAGUAGAUCAAAACUUGCAAGGUUCUACUCUAACAAUUCUGCUCAAAAGGAUUAUUUUUCUUUGGCACGUUGUUACAACUGCCCUCCUCCUGAUAGUGGAAAUGAGUGUUAGAGUGUAUUUUCCAAGUACUAGUUGGUUAUUGACUUAGCCUACCUGCAGUGUAAUGUGAAACGAUAUAAAACGUUUAAAUAAUGUCUAGCCAAUCAAGUAAUGCAUGUUUUUACGUUAACAUUCAUUUAUUUCAAAUAAUAUUUAUUAAAUCAUCGCCGUCAAAUAAAUCAACUUGUAUGCCUUCAUAUACCACCGUGACAAUUAUAUUAUAAGAUUAAAGUUAAGGUGUUACAAAAAAAUAAACAUAUCACAAACUAAUUGUUAAAAGUAUUACUUACAAAAUAAAUUAUAACUUAUAAACGUAAAUAAUACUGUACGCCUGCAUUAUUAUAUUACUCAAAUAAUAAUAUAAAAUUGUAUUUUCGUUUUAUGAUAUAAUUAACACAUUAGAUAACAUUAAAGUAAACUGUAAGAAUAGUAAUCAAUCAAUUACACCAAUCUAGAGACUAGUCUACUAAGUACUUUAACGGUAUUUUCUACUGGGUGCAUUCAAUUAAUAAAAAAUAAAUAAUAAAAAAAAACAUUUAUAAUCAAAAUUAUGUAGAACAUUAUUAUUCUUAACCACUUUACAAUAAUAAGCACAAUGUACGAUAAUUUAAACGAUGCGGGAUUGCGGCUUAUGAUUUAUCAUAAUCAAGUAAAUAUGAAGUAUUUUGACACAACUUAUUCAAAUAAAAAUAAUCUUCUUUGAAACAUCGUGUGAAUAGAAAACUUGUAGGAGUGUCUAUAAACAAAAAAAAAAAACAAUAUUGGCGGUUGUUGCCAGACUUAACAAUUAAUCGAUAUUAUAUUAAAGCAGGUGUUAUUGCAAAACUAUAUUCUAAAUUGAAUGAUAAAUAUUUGUAUAGCAGACACUCUUUAAAAACGAAUGUUCUGAAUCAGUUCUGUCUGUUGAAUUCGUGGUGUUUGUAUUUGUAGCCAACAAGCAAUAAAAAAUAUAAUCGAGCAACAGAUUUGACGAAUUAUUCCUUUUUUAAAUUUUCGUGUGUCGUUACAUAUCAGUGUCUUGAUUCUAAAUUCAGCUUAAGCAAUAAAUGUAUUGGUUCUUUAAAGUGGGGAUUAGAUGAUUGUAAAUAUUAUUAUAAAUUUGUUUUUGUGGCAGUCAUCGAGCUGUAUAAUUAACACUAAUGAGGCACUGGUUCAUUCUUAUACAUAAUUUUGGUAAUCUUCACAAUUUGUCAAAAAAUAUAUUACAUUAGGACUUACAUUUUAAGAGUUGUGUUGAGUUCACUUAAUAUACCUCUUAGGUAUAUUAAGUAAACCAAAGUCAGUAGUUUUGGUCUGUUUAAUAUGAGCAACUCAUAAUUUUGUUUGAUUUUCAUUUAGCUGGUAAUUGUCGUUGAUUUAAUUUACAAGUUUGUUUGAAGCAUUACUUAGCCUUUGUUACACGACAUAUAUGUGACUACACACACUACGACACGACUAUGCCAGUAUCUACAUAAUGUUUAUACAGAUUACAAAUGUAAAUUGUUACUACACUUUUAUGGUAUGUAGGACUUACUCGUACAAUAUUCACCAUUUACUAAUAUGCUAUGAUCUGUGAUGAUAAAUAAUAUUUUGAUACAAUCCCCUAUCCAUAAACCUGAUCCUUUUAUAUUGCUAUCUCCAACCAGCUUCCCAAGUGUGGAGAUUAAAGCAAACCUUGUAUAGACACUGAAGAGUUGUUGAUGAUGCAUGAUUGAUAAAUGUCUGUAAUUCUAUGACGUCUUGUCGUUUCCCAGGGCCACAUAAUGUGGUGUGACAUAGGCCUAACCGCACAUAAGUACAAAUAGAAUUCUUGCCAGUGUAGCAUAAUGAUACAUUACAAGAAACAAUAUACACAUACAGUGACUUCAAUAAAUUCUCGACAAAGACAUUGUGUUACACGUAGCCUUAUACAUACAUACUUAUCGUAAUAAAUAUACAUACAUACCUAAUCCAUAGUGUACUUAUUAUAGAAACUACUACAUAACUAUACUUAUACAAUAAAGUGACUGUGAAAUAUUCGUAGCUUAAUAUUCAAUGAAUCUGUAUAAACUGUCGCUGUAGACUCUAAAAUAUUUCAGUUUUUAGUAAUCGCAUAGAAAACUUUUCAGAUUAUAUACUUAAGGUAAUAUUGAAGUAGUGGCUAACUGGCUGUGGAUAAAACGUGUAGGUACUUAUUUAAAAUUAUACAAUACAUUCACAGUUGUAAGUGAUACGAAUUAUUAAAAUACUUAUUUUGCUAUACUGACGAAAUGUGUAGGUAAAUUUAAUCUUACCGCCAACAUAGGUCUAAAUUCGUAAUAUUUCAGAUAUGCUAGUACAAAACUACUAAAAUAGAGAACAAUAAUUUUGAAGUUGCCAAUAAUUAUCGCUUUCAUACACUAGGUAUUACGCAAAAGGAACGCUUUUGGAGAGCUUUUCGAUAUAAAGGAGCUAUAAAACUUGUAGUGUAAGUUAAGUACAAUAGUAUAAUAUGUAUAGGCUACUGUGGAUAUAUUGUACUCGUGAAUGGGUACAUUUGUGCGUUAUUUUGUGUGAGCAAUAAAGUAAGUUACUGCUUCAUGAAGAGCUCGUAUUUACUCGUUCAUUUUAAGGCCUGCGGCGUUGUUAGAUGCCCGAACGCUCUCGUAUUGAUAAGGCGUGUUGUGGUAUUAUUGUAUUAAUUAUGGUAUCUCUGUAUUCUGUACUAGAUUAUGCAAAAUUCUAAUAUGGAAUGUUAAUAAGAAUUUAUAAGCUGAUCAUUCACCUCCAAAUAUUGACUUGUAAUUUGGGAAAAAUACUUAACUUAUUUUGUAUAAUGUAAUAACUUAAAUAUAAACGUCAAGUAGAUGAUUUCUUAUGUUUACGAGCUUAGGACGUCGCUUUUGCCCACCAUAGUGAUCAUAAAGAUAUUGCCUUCUUAAUUAACUUACAUGCAAUUCGUAUAUCCAUAUGUACCUAUUAACGAUUAGAUAGUGACUGGGGUGGCAUUUCAUUAACCAAACAGUAGAUAGUACCAUAGAUGUAAGUACGCUCUUAGAAUGCAGUUGUAUUAUUAAUGUUAGAACUGACAAUGUAAUAGUGUACUACUUAACUAUAAUUACAGCGUGUUUAUAACGCAACGACUGAAUAGUGUUGUAAUCCCUGGACUAUUAUAGAGCAUGACAAUUCUUCCGUCUGACUGAAAGUCUCAACAUAAAUACGCCUAAGCGUCGCAUAUAUUUCAUUCUGCAAGUAUUAUUAUCAAAUUAUUCAAAUUGUUCAGCACGUUUUCAUGAGCAAAACAUAUUUGUUAGAAAGUAUCCAAACUUCCCUGCCUUUAAUUAAACUUUCACAUCUCAAAAAGUCUAUGGGUAUUCUCAACUCCUUAUUGUAAGAACAUAAUCAUGUCCAAAAUGCUUUGACUGCCAUGAAUAUAUAUAUAAUGAAUGCGAAUUAAAAAUAAAUUCAAAAUUUAUUCAAAAACAUAAUUUCGAGAAAUUUGGUGGCCAUACAAGCAGCCUCUGCGCAUAUUAGAUAUUGCAGUCUUGUCUAGUGGCAAUGCCUCAAAUAUAAAGUUCUUAAACGCGAACCAAAGCAGAAAAUAUAAGAAGUAUAUUAUGUGCUUUGGUAUUGCCAGCAUUCACUACCAUAGACUAUGGUUCCAAGCUAACUACCUAUGGACACUUAGACAGACAUUACAUUGUGUGCAUGAAAACGUACUGUUCAAUUUUUACUCAUAUUUAAUCUGAUACACACUAAUAGGUGGAGGGCAACUGAACCCCCUAACUAACGGUGUUCCUGUAAGGCUAGAAAUUUAUGGAGUGAUGAUUCAUAGCACAUCAAGGCCAAUAACAAUGACCUGGCAGGCAUCAGCCCUGCACGUCAUCAGCCUUUUUGAGUUUUAAACUGUAAAAUGUUAUGAUAAUACGGAUAAAUUUAGUUGUCAUUAGUUUACUAUAUAAGAGAAGAUAUUGGUGUAUUAUGACUCAUCACUCCACCAAUUUCUAGCCUUACAGGAACACCAUUAGUCAGGGGGUUCAGUAGCUCUUGGGCUAUAAGAACAAAAUGCAAUGUAAAUUCUGUAAAUGUGGGUUAAGUUGUAAAAAUAAUAUGUCCAGUAUAUUAUAUUACUUACAGGUGGCAAUGAAUUACAUUUUAACAAAGCUAAUAAUUUUCAAAAUUUGGAGACUUUAGAUAGAAACAUGUAGUACUAUAAUAAUAUAGAAUAUUUCCGUGACUGGCGAAAUCUAAAAGCUAAAUAGCUUUAUAUUAUAAAAAGCUAAAUAGCUUUUAGAUUUCGCCUUAGAUGGGGCGGACAAGGGACUGUAGGUCCUCUAAAUAGACCAGCUCCAAACUCCCCAUUGUGCAACACCGGUCUUCACAUUUCUAAAGAGACCUUCCCCGUCUCACAGUAUACAUAAAUGAUAGUUAUGCUAUUCUAAAAACAAACGCUUCAAAACUGUAAUAGAUAUACUGCAGUAUUCUUUUCAUAAUAACCCAACAUACUUUCCACUAUUAAAAUAAAAAAAAUAAAAUAUUUCGACCGCGUACUCUAUCGUCUGAUUAUACUCGUUAUAUACAUAUAGAGUAUCGACUAAGAUUUAUGAAAAAAUCUAAGUACAAAAUUGUAUUGAAUUAAAAAUGUGUUUAGGUCAUGUGAAUCAUAGUAAACACUUGUCUAGUUGCAUGUGGAAAAUACACAGCAACUUGAUAUCUUCAGCAUCAUGAAUAAUUAAUUAAAUGUUAAAAUUAAUUAUGAUUAAAUAAUAUGGCUGUGACUUCAAUCUGUGAAUUAAAACAACGUGCAAGUUGGGUUUUUGAAGAUUUUUGCUUCGAAUUAAUUUGGGCUUCAUAUAUAGAAUGCCCAGUAAUUAAUUAAUGAAGGCUUCUACUUACUCCUUUUGUAGAAUUACAAGACAGCUAUGACUUAAACAUAUUUUGAAAUUCAAGCAUAUCUUCUUGAUAACGUGUUAGUGGGUAGAUAACUGGUUGUUUUAUUUAAAAUAUUUGUAGGUAUAUACAUACAUGUGUUGGUUACAUAAAUAAUUCUAGUUUAUUUGUUGUUGGAUCUGUUUGUUAGAGUCGAAUCUUAGGACCCCCAAACCUACGUUAUUUUAACAAAACUGGAAUGUAAAGUGUCAUUUGUCUAAUAUACAAAAUGUCCAGAAUAUAGUAUAAAUAAAAUAAAUAGUUAAAUGUACUAGAGUGGUUGAUAACUUGGAUCAACAGACAAUACACCUAACAAAACAAUAAACCACAAACGUUCUGAGAAAUUGAAAGUAACAAGUUGCACUCGAAAUGCAUAGGUGCCAAAAUAACAUAGAAUUGGGUGUUCUGGGAUCUUGAAGUAUUAUAAUUUAUAGACUGCUUGUAAUUGUAAUUUUACUAUGCGGCUAUUUCUUAAUUGACCGUUUUGCAUUGCCACUGAAUAUUGAGAAUAAAGCAUACCGUGCACGAGAUAUAUUUAAGUCUUGAAUUAUAUUCCGUUGAAUUACGAAAUGUAUUGAGCCGCUCAAUAUUCUCAAGUUCGUAAAAUCUCUUCCCUAAAUAUAUUGAGGGACUAUAAUAGAUAUGAAAUCAAUUACCGACCUAAUUCCAAUAUCUUUGGAUCGAUCACAUAGCAAUUCCAUACAACUAUGUCAAAAAUAGAUUUGAAUCAAAAAUAUAUAUAUUAUUAUACAAUGUGAUAGGGGUGGGACUUCUAACCCGUUAAGGCUGAGUACUACAUCUAAUUUUAUCGACAAAAAUAAUAAUAUGGGGGGUUGAAACCCCAAUUGAAAAUAUUGAAAAAUAGCAAUUUUUUCGGUAAAAAUAAUUCAGAAAUGAUUUUUUUUUCUCACCAAAACAUUAUCAAACUUAUGAAAAGAGUAAUGAAUUAGUUAGCCAAGGUUAUUAGCUACCGUUUGUUGUUUUUUUUUGUUUCUACAACGCAUACAACCUUUGAUAUCACAUAAAGUAAAAGAAAUAUUAAAAUAGCCAUAAUUUUUAGGGGGAGGGGUUUCAACACCCCAUAUAAAUUUUUUUGUCGAUACAAUUAGAUGUAGUACUCAGCCUUAACAGGUUAGAAGUCUUACCCCUAUCACAUUGUAUAUGUACAUAGUUUUGUUUGAAAUAGUUACGUGUGUUUGUAAUAGUUCCAUUGUAAUGUCACCGUACUCCUUGUGCAUAAGAAGUAUAUUUAUAUUUACACGUUACACCUAUAACCUCUUCCUUACUGUAAUACAUUCCCAUCUAAGUAAAUAUAGAGAAGAAGGAGGGACCUGGAAGCAUGGUAGAUACGAUUUUUUUUUAAUCUAAGGUGUUGACUUUGACACCAAUUUGCCAAAAGUAAUGUUACUUUUAUGAAAUCGAGAUAUUGCAAUGCACAUUGCACAUGUAUACGGGCUGUUGGAGAUGCAUGUAUACCACGGGUUGAGCGCGCGGUGCCUGCCGCACGUAUGUAUGUGUACCCAAUCGAACUUUGUCUAACGGAUGUCAUUUCUAUGGCACUGUCGUUAUUUUAUUUCUAUGGCACUGUCGCUAUUUUAUUUCUAUGGCACUGUCGCUAUUUUGGCAGAUGUCGGGAAUAUUAGCCAUAUAGGUUUGCGUCCGUAACUACCAAAAUGUCGAAUGACAAAAACCUAAUCAGACGACUCAGGUACUGAUUCAGGGGACAGAAUCUGGUAUCCUCGUCCGGGUGGUAAUAUCAGGCCAUGACCUGGUUCUUCCUUCUUCUCUUUGCCAUUUGACUAGGGGGCAAGCGAAUAUCUUAAUAUUGUGAUGAGAAUCGUAUUUGAACACUUCAUAGUCCCGAAAAAAUCUAAGAUUCCGACUAAUGGACUUCUAGUUUUUCGUAAUCGGUUGAGAAUGGGUCGUUGCACAAAUUAUGAUGCAACAUAAGUCGAAUUUGUCGGGCAUAUUAUAAAAAAUCUGGCCAUACUUUAUACCCACACAAAAUCACCCAGCUAUAAUUGCCACGCUUUGAAUUUUAUUACAAUACCACAUGCUCGGUUUUAGGGUAUUUAAAUAUGUAUUAAAGUCCUAUUGUCAUAAUCCUAUGCAAUAUAAAAUAACUGAUUUUUUUUAAGUAAAUAUGUAUAAUUUCAUAAAUAAUAAUAUAAUAUAAUAUGUAAUGCGUGUAAAUAAUUUAUUUUGCAAUUAUUUCCAUAAUUAUAAUUUAAAAUUUAUGAUCACAGUUUAUUGAGAUUCCAUUUAUUUUAGUCAUCGUAAAUGUGUGUUAACUUCAUCAAGUCUAAUAAGUUCAAGAUCGUAUUACUGGCGGUUUAUUUUAUCUCAUCAAGCAAACGAUAUACACCAAUAGUAAGGGUAACAUUUAAAGAAAUAUAAUUCAACUGUGAUUUAACUUAACUAUAGUAUCGCUAUACUACUAAUACAUAACAUGACGUUAUUCACACAUAUGCGUUUCUUAAUUUUAGACAGUUAGUGUUAUUUCCAAAGCAUAAAGUGUUUUAAUAAUAUUUAGCUUAUUGUUCUAUCUGUACUUAUUUACUAACGUUAAAUUAACUCUGUAUUUGUUAAAUAAAAUUAUAUAUUACAGUUAAUGUAAAGCAUGUAAUGCACUUUUGUGUAACAACCGAUAUGUAAGUUAGCUCAUUCUGUUUUAUAAAAAUGGGACAAAGAAAUAAAUAGGUUCCGAUUGA